AGCGGGGGCGGGGAGGCGGAGGCUGGCACCGGGGAGAAACGCGUACCUAGACGGGGAGAGGGAGGGGACAACAGGGUGCGGGAGCUGCCGAGGGCUGCGCCCCACUCGCCCGCGCUUGCCUCUAGUGUUUAAGGGUGCCACAUAAAUUCUGGGGCAUGAUCUCCCUUAUUUCUCUCCCCACUUUUCCCCCUUUCUGAAGAGGCGAAUCAGGGGCUGAGAGGAAGGAGAAAGUGAAAUUCUAGGAUGCUGCUGGGAACGCUGAUCCCUUCCUUUACCUCCCUUUCCUUGCAUGGAAAUGGAAGAGGCAGCCCCUUCCCUCCAGUGCCGAGCGGCUAGUGCCCUGCUCCUGGGGAAAGCCAGCUACAGAGCUCCGGGAGGAGGCAGCAGCUGAGACCGGCAGCUGAACCACAGUGUUUGAAGAGCUUCUGCCCACUUGUACAGUAGGGAUGGAGAUCCCCAAAGUAGUAGUGCUCCUUGUAAAGCUCUCCAGUCUGUUAUCCUGUCUCAGAUGUGUAGAGGCUUUCCUGGGAUCCCAGCCCAACCAGAACCAUUUGCAGAGUGCAGCAUCCAAUGUGUGCACUGUUGGACCACUUGGGUAUUACAAUGGCUCCCUGGCAGUCACUGAGGCUGGGGCAGAGUGCCUCAGCUGGGCAGAGUUCCCCGAUUAUGUUCAGCAGUACCCAGACCGUGGCUUGGGGGACCACAACCACUGCAGGAACCCAGAUGGAGGAACAACACCCUGGUGCUUCUACCGGCUUGUAUCGGGGGUCAUUGGCUGGGCUAACUGUGACUGCAACCAAGGUGCUGUGAGAUUGGCUGAAGAUAAUAGUGUGGAGCUGUACUUCAAUGGACUCUGGGGCACCAUCUGUGCUGACCAUUGGACUGAUUGGGAUGCCAGUGUUGUCUGCAGGCAACUAGGUCUAAGUGAGAUUGGCACAGCUGGGAAGAAGAAUCACCCUGGACUGUGGCAUGUGCCCCUGCACAUGCAGUCAGCGAACUGCCGUGGCAAUGAGAAAGCACUGCUGCAGUGUGGCUAUCAGGAAGCUAUGUCAGGAUCUUGUAACCAGGGGAGUGCCAUGGUAACUUGUGUCCCCCCAGAAGGUGUAGCUACCCCACUGCGUUUAGCUGGGGGAAAGGAGAGCUUUGAAGGGCGAGUGGAAGUCUACCAUGAUGGCAAGUGGGGUACCAUCUGUGAUGAUCAGUGGGAUGACCGGGAUGCUGAAGUAGUCUGUAGGCAGCUUGGACUCAGUGGGAACCCAAAAGCCUUGUCAUGGGCUCACUAUGGGAAAGGAUCUGGCCCAAUCCUGCUGGAUGAAGUGGAAUGCUCAGGCAAUGAACUCUCUCUUGACCAGUGCAAGAAGAGUGAUUGGGGACAGCAAAACUGUGACCACAUUGAAGAUGCUGGGGUCUCUUGUGACCCUUUCACAGAGGGCACUGUCAGGCUGGCUGGUGGCCACAGCCCCCAUGAAGGCAGGGUCGAAGUUUAUUACAAUGGAGACUGGGGCACGGUAUGUGAUGAUGGCUGGACAGACAUCAGUGCCCAGGUGGUCUGCAGACAGCUGGGCUUCAGUGGUCCUGCUACCGUGGCUUCUGAAGGAGACUAUGUAACUGGCCAAGGGUUUAUCUUGCUGGAUGAUGUGGCUUGUGUGGGGACAGAGCUGUCCCUCCUGGACUGUCCCCACAGCAACUGGGGGCAGCAUGACUGCUCACAUGCUGAGGAUGUGGGAAUCCGCUGUUCCCCAGAGAGCAACACAGUCAUGGAUGGGAGCUUGGGACCUCCUGUGCGGCUGGUGGAUGGAGAAAGCACCAAGGAAGGACGGGUUGAGGUAUUCCUGAAUGGGGAGUGGGGCAGUGUCUGUGAUGAUGGCUGGACAGAUAGAGAUGCAGCAGUGGUUUGCAGGCAACUGGGAUUCAGUGGUACAGCAAAAGCCAGGGCCAUGGCUUAUUUUGGCGAAGGCCAUGGGCCCAUACACCUGGACAACAUAGAGUGCAGUGGCAUGGAGCUCUCCCUGGGGCAAUGCAUCAAGCCUGACACCAGGAUCCGAAGCUGCUGGCACAGUGAGGAUGCUGGUGUGAUCUGUGACUAUGUGGAAGAGAAGGUGCAUGACAUCAGGAGAGCAGGUCCAGAGUCUAGCAUGUGCGGGAUGCGCCUGCUUCACCGUCGCAAGAAAAGGAUCAUAGGUGGAAACAAGUCUCUCAGAGGCAGUUGGCCAUGGCAGGCCUCCCUACGGUUGAAAGGGUUUUAUGGAGACACUCGUCUGCUGUGUGGAGCAACAUUGAUCAGCAGCUGCUGGGUAGUGACUGCAGCCCACUGCUUCAAAAGGUUUGGUGUUGAUGUGCGGCGCUACCUGCUGCGGGUAGGCGAUUACCACACAGGCGUGAAGGAUGAGUUUGAGAGGGAGCUGCCUGUGGAGCGGAUUGUCCUCCAUAGGAACUACUGGGCUGGCAGCAAUGAUAAUGACAUUGCCCUGGUCCAGAUGCGGGGCAGAGAGGGACACUGUCUCUCCUUCAAUCGCCACGUUUUGCCUGUCUGCCUGCCUGACAGGCAAGAGAAGUCUGACAUCAAUAGGCAAGCCUGCAUCAUCUCUGGCUGGGGAGACACAGGGAAGUCGUAUUCAAGAACCCUGCUGCAGGGAGUGGUGCCUCUUCUCCCACGGGAAGACUGUGAGGUGCGUUACGGGCAGAAGUUCACUAACCGCAUGAUUUGUGCUGGGAACCUCUCUGAAGAUAAACGGGUGGACAGCUGCCAAGGUGACAGUGGAGGGCCACUCAUGUGUCAGAGGUCAAAUGGACGCUGGAUAAUUUUGGGGAUCACUUCUUGGGGUUAUGGCUGUGGUCGGAAGGAUUCUCCCGGUGUGUACACCAAGGUCAGCAAAUAUGUACCCUGGAUCAAGAAAGUGACCAAGCUAAAAUGAAAAUGUCUGAGCUCUAGGAACUACAAUAUAUGGUCCUUUUGCCCUACAGCAGCAGAAGGCUCUGGCUUCUGGCCUGUGACUGAUGGAGAUUUGUCUUUGGACACUGGGAAAAGACUUCAAUGUAGAACUGGGAUAAAAACAGUUAUGGCUGAUUCUUUAAAGAUUUUGGUUUCACUUUAGUCUGUAAUCUCUGAGCAGAGGAAGCAGGUGCACACUGGUAAGAAUGAGACGUCUAUGCUGUUUUGACUGUCUGUGUUCUGUAAUGCAAUCAGACUUGUUCCUUUGCCCUGGCACACAGAAAUGGUAGAAGUGGAGAGAUACCUGCUUCUUUAAAUCUCUUCCUGGUUUUGUAUGUUUGCACAGUUGGAAAACACUGCAAAGAUAGGUGAGAUACUUGGAAGAUGGCACCAGACUCUGGCAUAGUGAAAAUCUUCAGCUAUUUUUUCAUAACAGCUCUCUUCAGUUCCAGGAAUCAGAAGAGAUAACGUGUGGAACAUGCCAACAGACAGGUGGCUUUCUUUCCCUGUUAUGUCUCUAGGGGGAACCUUUUGUCUUCUGAAUAGUGGGUCUGCUCCCACAUGAUCAUUUUAAAGUGUCUGUUGCCGCUAAGAGAUUCUUGUACCUCCUGCUGUAAUUCUCUACCACACAUUUCCAGAUGCCAGAUGGUAUGAUUUUAUUCAGCUUUGUCAAUAUAGUGGUUCUUUUGUGUUUG